UGGAGGAUAGGGGCGGUGCCAGGGACCGGCCCCAGGUGGCAGGAGUGGGCGGGCACCUGCUGGGCUCUGCCUGCCUGUGUGCCAGGCUCACUCGCCCAUCACUUAGUCUUCAGUCACUUUGUCAUCACUCGGCCCUCGCAUCACUUCUCCCUCGCCGUCACCACCCAAGCCUCAGGCUGGCGACUUCCGAAGCCCCCGAAGGCAUGGAGGAGUGGGACGUGCCCCAGAUGAAGAAGGAGGUGGAGAGUCUCAAGUACCAGCUGGCCUUCAAAAGGGAGAUGUCAUCCAAGAGCAUCCCUGAGCUCCUCAAGUGGAUCGAGGAUGGGAUCCCCAAAGACCCCUUCCUGAACCCUGACCUCAUGAAGAACAACCCGUGGGUGGAGAAAGGCAAGUGUGCCAUCCUGUGAGCCCACAGCCCGGCUCAUGCCUGUGAGCGGACAGCUCUGUGAAGGUGUGAGUUGUAUAGCCUUCCCCUCCCGCUCCUUCUCCUAAUCUAAGGGGCCCCAGGAGACUCGCAGCCAGGGAACAACGGCCAGGGGCUAACCCCGAACCUGUCCCCAAGGCCCCCUUUUCCCGGACUUUGCAGUGAGCUGGCAGCAGCUGGGCCUUGGCUCACUUCUGUCACUUAGUUCUCAGUGAGCCAAGCAGCCCUGCCUGGGCUCCCUCCCUCCUGCUGCUGCGUGAGUCCUAAGACAUUCCUUGUCACUGUCCCCAGCUUUAAUAAAUGUACUCUCAAAAUGGAAAUUAAAAAUAACAGGAAGCACCA